AUGUCAAUGUCAAUCGAACUUACCUUAGAAUCAUUACAGAAUGCUUGCAAAGAUAUACUCUCAAUUUAUAACGAAUCCUCGAGUGACCAUCGAAAAAAGUUUUUACCAAAGGAAGCACGUUUGUUUUUGGAACGAGUCUUUGAGAAGAAGCAGUCUUUAAAUUCAAAAGAACGGGAUGCUAUAGCCAAAAAGUGUGGUCUAACUCCUCUACAAGUCAGAGUUUGGUUCAUCAACAAGCGCAUGAGGACCAAGUGA